AUGGAUCCAAGCACGACAGGUCAGCCCGCCAGCCAUGAAUCUUCGUCCUCCGUCAAAGCGCCUGACACCAAAGCGCGUGAAUCCAAAGGAGCUACCCCGCGCAGUUCCCAAGGGAUCAUCCCACGGGGUUCCCAAGGGGCUGCUCCGCGAAGCACCGCAGGGCAGGCUACCCCUACCACUAGCACCACCACAGCAGGGCGGGCGACCUCUACCCCGGACGUGCUAUCCAUGCUGGAGUCCCUCUGGGAGCAGCCUGCUUCCAGUGCCGACACAAGCUCUCUAAGCUCGUUAAGAUCCGCCUCCUCGCCUCCCUCCCCUUCCGCAUCCGCUGCUACUUCUGUUUCCGCCCGCGCUUCCGCCUCCGCGUCUGGCUCCCCACGUGCUAGCAGUAGCGGGCCUCCCCCGCUGAUUGCUCCCCUUACUGGCGGAAGCGAGUUGGAGCAAGGGGGCACCAGCAGCAGCACUAGCAGCAGCAACGUUGACGAGCGCGCAUCAGCAGCACGGGGCGGCAUGCUACCAAUGACAGUGGCACCAGAAGCACGAGCACCGCCGAGCAUGCGCCUUUCCCUUGGAACCCAACCUUGGCCUCUGCUCCGUCGCGCCGUCACCUCCACGUGUCACGCCCUCUACAGCACCCUGCUGCCGCUGCUACUGCCCCUGUCCCGCGCGCCCAGUCCGCCAGGCGGAGCGAAGGCGCAGCAAACCGGGAGGCAUGUGCGUGGAGAGGCACUGGUACGGGCAGGAGCAGGGGAGGAGCAGGAGGGGCAGCAGCAGGCAUGGCGAUGGUGGGGGUUAUUAUCGUGGGCAUCAGUGUGGUUGGAGGGGUGGCAGAGCGGGUGUCAGUGGCCGUUAUCCAGUCCCUUUGGCCCCCUCUGGGCUGUUGGCUCUGUUGUACUGGUGCCGCUGCUGCUGUCCCUUUUGCUGCUGCCGGUUGUUCCCGUGCUCUUGUGCUGGAUUGCUGUAGCAGCGUUUCUCUCCGCUCUCGCGUCUCUCACCCUGCCACCUGUCCGCAUCACGGCUCACCGUGUGAAGCUGCCAGAUGGCCGCCACGUGGCGGUCUGUGAGUGGGGAGCAGCUGCCAGCGAUGCACGUGUGACCGUCGUUGUGCUGCAUGGCACGCCUAGCUGCCGCCUUGUGGGCAUUCCCAUGAUCAACCCCUCUCUCCUCCACGCGCGCAAAAUCCGCAUAGUCUCCUUCGACCGCCCGGGGAUAGGCCAGUCAGACUACCACCCAGGAUGGACCCUCCACUCCUCUGCCUCCGACCUGCUCCACCUCGCGUCCCUGCUCUCCCUGCCGCCCAAGUUCUGGGUUCUGGGGUACUCUGGAGGGGGCCCCCAUGCCCUCGCAGCAGCCAGGUUCCUGCCUGAGCGCCUGGCUGGGGUUGUGCUGUGGGCUGGGGAUGUGAAUCCGUGGGAUCUGGUGGCGGCGAUGGUUGGGGGAGGGGGGAUGGGGGAGAAGCGGGGAGUGGAAGGAGUGGCGGGUUUGGGAGAGAGCGGUGGGGAGGGAGGCGGUGUUAGGGCGGUGGGUGGAGGAGGGAAGAGGGAGCGAGAGGAGAGGAGAGGUUCCAGAGGAGAGGAGUGGGGUUCAACAGAGGAGAGCAAGAAGGAGAGUGAGAGCAGGGAGGGGAAGGGGAGUAGGGGGAGCAAGGAGAGCAGCGGGAGCAGUGGGAGCAAUGAGAGAUCAGAAUCAUCAUCCAUUCUCUCCAAACUCCACAAGCAGUGGGCGGCAUGCCGGCACGCAGCUCUCUUCGCUCUCUCCCUCUGGUCCUCCCUGCCGUUCCCUGCACGCCUGCGCUUCGAGUGUCUGCACUGGAUCCCCCCCAGCGUCGUCCCCGUCCUCUGCCCGCUGCUCUUCCCGCCGCCCCUCGUUCGUGUGCUAGCCCCUGUGGUGCUGUCGGAUACAGCUAUCCACCGUGCGCUGAUGUCCUAUGUGCAGUGGGCGGAUGCACAGGCGCUCUCCCAUCCUCACACCCUCCACAUGCUCGCAGCCACCUGCCAGGAAGCGCUGUACCAAGGGAACGUGCAGGCAGUGCUGGAGGACCUGCUGCUGCCCGCCCUGCCCUGGGGAUUCUCCCUCGCGGAUCUCAAGCACUGCAACUUCCCCAUCCACAUUUGGCAGGGCACGGAGGACCAGGAUGUGCCUGUGCUGCUAUCAGACCUGCUGGCGCACCUGCUGCCAUGUGUGUCGCUGCACCUGCUGCACGGCCACGGCCACUACUCGCCCUUCACCCACCCCGACUUCCACCGCGUCUUCCUCGACACGCUCUUCCCCGCUGCUGCUGCUGCUGCUGCUGCUGCUGCUGGAGAUACCUAG